UUCUCAACUGUCGAGGCAUGAUAUAUAUUUUCAUGAACCAUUAGACAACAAUAAAAUAUUGAUCCGCGAAAGUAUGACAUGUGUUCCAUUUAAUUUUAAAUUUUAAAUUAUGUUAAAGGCUACAAGGUUUUGAUGGAACCGGUCGUAUUGAACCGUGAAAGAGCCGCAGCUGACCGCCUAAAACGGAUGCCUAUCUUCAGAUUGUUCGACGACUACCGUGAUGAAGAUUUUUAUGGGCUUCCGCGGAAAUACAGUAUUGUCGCUCGGGUCGAAGUUAAAUUCCCGAUUGAACCACGUUUUCGUGAUAGACAACAUUUCGUUUUGUCUGACAUCAAUGGAGCCAAGAUCGAGGCCAUAACAUAUAUGUAUGAGACAGUCAAACAUUUCGACAAUUUGCUCCAUGAAAAGCAUGUUUACAAGAUGCAUAAUGUGAAGUUCAGUCUUCAUCCGGGUGAAUUUAAUUUUCGUCAUCUAAAUGGUCCCAUGGAAUUGUGUCUUGACCAACAAACUAUCGUGGAGCCAUACACUGUUCCAAUUCAGAUGGCGCCAUUCCCAAAACAAAUACUAUUGAACCUUGCUGAUAUUGCCGAGUUGCCAAACAGGACUUUAGUCGACAUUAUGGCUGUUGUAGUCCACUUGGAUACAAUACAUCGCACAAUGUGGGGCCCUUUCAGAAAGAUUGUUAUAAUGGAUGCUAGGUAUAUUCUGUUAAUUGUCGAGUUAUAUAUCCAAGUCUAA